CCGCAAAGCAUGCAUUGAUGCCAAGUUUAUUUUGAACUGUGUUGCAGUGUUGAAGUUAUUCACGUUGUUAUAUUUUAACUCAUAUAGUGAGAAAUACACGAAUCUAUUGGGAUAAUAUUAACUAUCGAAUUGUUGAUUUGUGCUACCAACGUCCGGGACAACAAAUGAGUGUACACUGUAUACUGUAGUUUGGAUUUUAAAUCACUUGAUUGUGCUGGAAAUAAUUGGUCUACAAAUAGUCUGUGGUUUCUGAGUGUCUCCAGCUCAGAUCUUUUAUAUAACUGAGAAUCUCUAACUGCAGACGGGAUGUGGCAGAUGGUUCUUCUAAGGAUUUUAUAGUCCCCAAACUUGCGACUGAGUAUUACAGUCCCUUGGAGGCGGGAUGGAUUCCUGGCGUCCAAAUAUAAAUGCAAAGCCGUUUGUUCCCAGGCGGAGAAAUUAUGCUUCCCUUCAUAUCCCAGGAACCUACCAUAGAACUGCGACGAGACGGUUGUUAUCAAAGGUAUUUCAGAUGGUCUUGGUGGUUGUACUUUUUAUCACGGUACUCAUCAACAUUUUCUUUAUCGCAGACACAGGGAAACGUUUACGAGAACAAGGUGUUGUAGAAGGUGGAACUGAUCCAAGAGAGGCCCCAAGAAAUGCGCCGCCUCCUGAUGAUGAAGAGUCCGAAAACUUGGAGAAUAUCCCCCGAGAGAUGGAAAUUGAAGUUCUGUCCAGCGCCAAUAAGGUUGCCAUAUCUGUAGAUGGAACACAGGUCCUUGAAAAUGGUGAGAAAGACAAGGGGCGGGGCAUUCACAUUCUGGUUUUGAACCAAGCCACCGGUAGUGUGAUGGCUAGCCGAGUGUUUGACACAUACACAGCGCACGCCGACGCAUCCAUGGUCCUGUUUCUAAACAUGAUUUCCGAUGGAAGGAUCAUUAUUCUUACAGUGAAGGAUGAAGGCUCAUUCCAUUUAAAGGACACUGCCAGAAAUCUACUGAAACUUCUUGGAAGUGAGAAAUCUAUGCAUUUGGGAUGGCGUGACACAUGGGCAAUGGUCACGCAGAAGAAGGGAAAACACGGUCAUUUAUUUGUUGAAAAGCAUCAUAAGGCGCCCGAUGUAUCAAAAUGGGGCGCCCCCGUACUACUCAAAGCUGUAGUACCCUUAGUUCCCAAAGAAGAAGUAGAGUGUGACUGGCCGGACACGGAAACAAACCGUCGACGGCGAGAAUUCUGUAGCAAGAUAGAAGGCUACGGGAGUCUAUGCAGCUGUAGCGACCCAGCCCCAAUUGAAAUGAACCCCGAAAAGCUUACGCCAAAUAAUAUAGAGGAUGUUCCAGUGAUAGUAAUAGCUAGUAACCGUCCUAAUUAUCUGUAUAGAAUGCUAAUGGCAUUGCUGUCUGCACAAGGUGUGCAUCCUCAAAUGGUAACAGUGUUCAUAGAUGGAUAUUUCAACGAACCAUUAGAAGUAGUGAGGUUGUUUGGCGUGCAAGGAAUUCAGCACACCCCCAUUGGUGUCAAGAAUGCUCGUAUAUCACAGCAUUACAAAGCAAGUUUAACAGCAACAUUUAAUAUGUAUCCGAAAGCAGAGUAUGUGAUUAUUUUAGAAGAAGAUCUAGAUGUCUCAGAAGAUUUUUUUAGUUAUUUUAGUCAGACUAGACACUUAUUAGAGGAAGAUGACAGUAUAUAUUGUAUAUCUGCCUGGAAUGACCAGGGAUAUGAACAUACCUGCAAUGAUCCAAGUUUAUUGUACAGAGUAGAGACAAUGCCAGGCCUAGGCUGGAUGCUAAAACGUAGUAUUUACAAAGAGGAGUUAGAGCCUCACUGGCCAACACCAGAGAAGCUUUGGGAUUGGGAUAUGUGGAUGAGGCUUCCAGAUAUACGGAAAGGUCGGGAGUGCGUUAUUCCAGACAUUUCCCGAACUUACCAUUUUGGUGCUACCGGUGUAAAUAUGAAUAGUUAUUUUCAAGAUUUAUAUUUUAAAAAACAUCCAAUAAAUACGGUUCCACACGUAAAGUUAAAAGACGUUGACCUUCUGAAGAAAGACGAAUAUGAGAACGAAGUAAAUAAGUUAAUCAGCAAGGCAAUUCCGCUGGAUCACACCGUAUCCCCCUGCGAGGAUAAGUUUAUUCCCUCCACUCCGGGUGGAAACUACGUCCUCUACAUUCGGAUGGAGAAUGCUGGAGAUUAUGAAACCUGGACAGAACUUGCUAAGUGUUUCCAUAUAUGGGACUUGGAUGUGAGGGGCUUCCAUAAAUCCAUGUGGAGAAUGUUCCUUAAGCAGAAUCAUGUCUUCAUUGUUGGAACACCAGCAUCACCCUAUGCAAAACACAAGCCAGCUGAUGUUCCUGUUAUUUACCUCAAGAAUGAGAAAAAGAACAGAUAGCACCAACUUCAUUCCCUGAAAUUUCAAAUAUUUUGAAAUGCUGCAACAAUGUUUUUCACAUCAUCCCCAUACAGGAGGCAGGUCUUUUCACAGCAGGACUGAAUAUCAGAUAGAUGCACAUACUUUACAAUAGUGUUGCGGAUAGACUAGGUCUCAUAGAAUUGGUCUACGGUCUGCUGUACUAAUCCCCACGCUCUGGUACAUGAAGGUUAUUACUUGAGGCAUGCAGUCUGGAUUCUGUGAUGUGAUUAUAACUAUAGGCUUCCUGGAACAGCCAAUCCAAGUCCAUUGCUUAUAUUAAGAGUCAAUUCUUUUAAAAAAUGCGAAUUGCUUUAGGUCUCUAGAUGGGAAGUAACUUUCAGAAUAAUAGAGGGCUGGUUGCAAUUAUAUAAUUCUUGCCACAAGAUUUUCUGAUUCAGCUUUUCUCCAUCCAUGUACAUUUGCAUUGAAGUGUGAAGGAGUUGCUGUUUUCAAUAGUUACCAGUCCUACGGAAUUCUGAUGUAUUAGUAAAAAUGUAAGCAUAACCAGUUGUAGGAUAUGAGGUCUUCCAUUUUGAAAAUUUAAACCUUCGUUUUCGAUGAUGUGUGUUUUCAAAAUACUAAAAAUGUCAUUAGGAACAUACGUCUUUCCUCUCAAAAUCUCUAAGACAUCUUUGCAAAACCUCGCAUAAUUCCAGGAAGCCCUCUAAACCUCUUUAUAAUACACCUCUAAACACCCCAGGAAGAUACUCCAUAAAUCUUAGCAAGACCUCCAACAUCUUGACAAGACCUUCAGACUUCAUCUUGAUUAUGAUUACAUGCCAUUGUAAGCAACAUCUUGGCAGGACUUCCAGAUGCUUAGAAAUACCUACUAAUGUCUUAAAAUAUCUUCUAGAUAUUACCAGAAAUCUUAGCAAGACCUUCAUUAUCUUAGCAAGACCUCCAGACUUGAUCUUAAUUCCAGCUGGUGGUUGUUUGUGUUACACUUGCCAUUGCAAGCAAAAUCUUGCCAAGAUCUUCAACUGUUUAGAAAUACCUUUAAUACCAGAAAUCUAAGCUAGACUUCCAAAUGCUAGGAAGAUCUGCCAAAGAUCUUAGCAAGAUUUCUAUGCUUGCUGCCAAGAACGUUUUGUAAUGAUGGUCAUUCCUGAUGCAUCAGAUUGGUAGCAGACAGACAGGAUGGUGUUGAUUCCAGCUGGUUGUUCAUGUUACACUUGCCAUUGUAGUAGAACCACUAAAAACCUUUUGGCAAAUUAAGUAGAGCAUGAGAUACAUUGUAAAGAAACUGCAGCCAAAGCAAUACAAACCUCUGGUGCUUUAUGAAUUUGGUCAAUGUCCUUUUUGUUUGUUUUUUCCCAAUAAAUCGCAUAUAUUACCAAAAAGUAUAGUAUAUAUUGCACCAUGGUAACAGUUACAAAUAUCUAUGUGUGUGCAAUCAGUUCAUUACUCCAAUAACUUUUUGGUUCAUACUUGGUUUUGGUUUCAUCAGUGGAGGGCGAUACAUUUUAUUUAUUUAUUUAUUUUUUUUUUUUGGUUUUAUUGACUGUUUUGAAAAUAUAUUAGAAAACAGGAUUGUUUAUUAUUUUUAUAUGAUUUUAUUCAUAAUAAUAUUUUAUAAUUAUUAUUUUUUUAUAAUGUCAUAGAGGGCAGCACAUGCAUAUUGCUGCAAGUAAAUGUAAUUUAGCAUCACUUUCAUGGGGAUUUUUUUUUUUUUUUUUUUUUUUUGUAAUUCUUGAUCACCUUGAUAAUGCUACAUUUGCUAAAGUUUGGUCUUUCAGAUGUUAGGGAUAUAUGUAUUUCAAAUGUUUUCACCAUUGUUCAUUGUAACACCAAUUUUCAUUGCCAUUGUUAUAUUGUCAGGGGGUUAGGAAGUGGGUGUGAAACUGACAUUUAACCGGGGCCAGACUUAUCAAACUUGCUUUGCAACCAAAAAAGAAAAGAAAUACUGUACAAGAGUUUGUCCUUCAAAACAUAUGGUAUGAUGGAUCGAUCGAUGUCCAAUUGAAGUGCACCCUUAACAUGAUCCAAGAUCGCUCAGUCCUAUCAACUUUUUCUUUUUUUAACUUUUAAAAAAAUGUAGUAGUGCAUAGUGCUACAGCAUUUAGGAAUGUGCUACAUGUUGCCACAAAACAGUCUUUCUUGCCAUCGCAGUGGCAGCAAGAAGCAAGAGUUUUUGUUCUGAUUUUGAUGUGCUUGUCAAGUAGUGUUUGUCUAAUCCUGUACAGUCAUUUUGUUUUAAUGAUGAAAACAUUUGUUUUGUUUAUGUAUCGGAAUGGAUUGAGCUUUAAUGUAAAUAAUAUUAAAGAAUGAAUCAUGUAAAUUGUUAUAAUUGAUUCUAUUGUGCACAAUGAUUAUGACACCACAAUGAAUUCAUUUUUUUUUAAAAACAUAAGUACUGAAAUAUAGUUUUCUUGUCAUUCAUAGUUAAUUGCGGAAAAAAUAUUUGUCCAAGUGAAAUCCAGUGAAAUGUUCCACCUGCCUUUUUUUUUUGCGGCCACCGAGAGAAUAAAAUAUGAAUAACCGUCCACUUAUUUGACGCAGUAAUUCAUUACAAAUUGGUAAGAGUUACGUGUAAAAUGUGUGUACGCAUUUUCUUUAUGCGUAUCCGUCAAAGUCCAUUAAUUUUUUUUUCUCUAUCGUCAAUAUUCGAAUCAUUUACUUUGAAACUUUGUUGAUAGUGAUUGUUGAACAAUCUUGUGUCAUUAUUUGAACACUGGCAAUUUUUGUAAAUUUAUGUUGUGUAUGAAUUUUUUUUUUAAUAAUGUGUUCACCAGUGCAAAAACAAACACAUCUAAUUUUUGAUUUAAAUAUAAAUGUAUGUAUAUUAGCAACACCAAUAUGUUACACUAUUUUUUUUUUUUUUUUUUUUUAAGUAGGAGAGACUAAUUAAUUUACAUUUUCUUACACUUAGGGAGACAAUUGUUUCAAUUUUAAUUAAUUUCAAGGUUCCAAAUAAAAUUGUUAAAAGUAAGAUAGUAGAGAUAUACUCUCGUUGUAAAGCCAGUUUACAUGAAGAAUAAGAUUUAAUGCUCAAUUGGUUACAUUUAGGGUAAGUGGCUGAGUGGUAAGGCUGGGCAUAACUACAGCCAUAACAUCGAGGAUGGUUUCUGACCCUCUUUAGCAGGGUUUCGCUUGGUGGUGGAACUAAGUGCGGAUAAGGACUUAAAACCAACCUGAGGUCCCGUGUACACAUCUGGCUCUUGUGCUCCUUAAUUAAAAACCCAUUGCAUAUUUUGGAAAAGUAUGGGGUUCACUGCUCUGGGUUGAUGGUGGGGGAGGGGAGGGGUUGUGAUGUCCCUAACGAAAGUGGGCAUGGUCCGGUGUCGCUCAAUAUCUUCUGACAGUGGUCCAGGGGUUUCAAAGACUUUUAGAGUCUAUUAAUAUGUAGGAAAUACAAUAUUUUUUUGUCCUUCAACGAAUUGUGGUUUUUCUCCUUGGGGGUGGGGGGAGCUGUCCCCUGCUUCAUGGAAUUCCUUAGUUGGAUGUGUUUGUGUGAACACCAAAGGUAACUCACUUAAUUCUAAGACAUGUUUCCUGUGGUGUUCUUCUGGUGGCGUGAUUGGGCAGUACACCGAAACACAAUCCCCAAUUUUUUUCUGAAGUGCGUAAUGCAUUCUUUUGUACUUGCACAUGGGCCAUAUUCUACACGGGACCAAUGGCAUGGUCGGGGGCAUUCUUUUUUUCUCGGUCCUGAACUUAAACUGAAUUGUUUUUUUGUUCUUUUCAUAGAGAGUGUAUUUCUUUUAACAAAAUCUUUAAAACCAGUUGUUUUUAAUGUUAUUGUUGGUUUCUUGUUAAUAGCUUAGUUAUGAGUAGGCCUAUACCAAUAAUUUGUUCCCUUUUGAAAAAUUAUUGUUGAUGUCUUUGAAUUUAAAAACAUGUUAAAAUGCGUGUUUAAAGAGGAAUUAUUUUUGUAUGAAUUGUUUAAUAAAAACAAAAAAAUAAAGACGAUAUUACGGGUGAUAAAGGUUUUGAUUUUCUGCACGGGAAACAAAGAUAUGCAUGUGACGUGUAUAGAAUGUUAUGCUCCGAUUGUGUAAAUAUUUGUGGAAGAGUUUUGUAAUUAAUAUUAAUUAAUUAGAUUAUUUUCAAUUACAUCAACACUUGAGUCUAUCGAAGAUUUCUCGAGAUUAUUUCAUUGUUAAAUUUACACCUUGUCAAAGAAAUUUACUUAUGGUAUAAUUUAUGUCACUUAAUGUAAAUGUCUUAUAUAAAUUAAUUUAAAAAUAUAGAUUCUUAAAGUAUUUUAUUAAUAUAAUUAUAUAAAUGUAAUUAAUUCAAAUGAAAUGCUUUAAGUUGUAUGAUGAGUUUUGUUGACGAAUUGAAUUAUUUUCUUAUGUUCAGUAAUACUGUGCCACCGAGAGGGAGGCAGGGGAAGAUCCCCAGGGCCCAUAGGAAUUACAGGUAGCAUUUUUUUCAAUAUGUAUGCCCAGUAUAAUUAUUAAUCUUUUACAAAAAAAUUGUAAUAUGCACAUUACUAUCAUGGGCCCUCAAUAAUGGCAUGGGUCCCCUAUUAAUGGGCCCCUCCAGAUUGACAGGGCCCGCCCCAAAGAAAAAUUGUUUGCGCCUUCGGCGCAAUCUUUCCCGCGCUUUGCGCUCGUAAGUGAGGGCCCACACUAACCUUUGCCUCUGUUACAAUUUCCCCUCUUGGCGGCCCUGCAGUAAAACUAUUAGUAACUGGUAUUAUUCAUCAAUUGACUUAUUAUUUCCAUUUAUUUUAUCUCUUUAAAAAACUUAGUGUCGAAGAGAUAAAUAACAAAGAAAACUUUGGUCCAGUGGAAAAUGUCUUUUCUUUUCUUUUUUUUCACAAUAUGUUAAGAUAACAUAGUGUGUUUUGAAACUGCAUAUAUUCAUUGUUUUUUGUUUUCUAGUUUUUUUUUUUUGCUUUUAUUUUACGUACACGAGCAAAAGUGAGAACGCAUAAUUAUGUAUCAUUUGUUUAAUCGCUUGAAAGCAGUUGGGAUUGGGCAUGAAUUAAAAGAUCAGAAAUAUCGAAA